AUGAGAAGCCCGCACAUGACGCACUUCAAGGCAUAUUUUUCGAAGCGUGUUACAUCCAUAUGCUACUGGGAUUGUUUCAUCCUCAUCCCUCCUUUUACUUCUUCUUCGCGAGCUCAAUAUGAAAAAACUUUGAACCGUGACAAUAGAAACUACACGAAUGACGAAGCAAAACAGAACAGAACAGAACUUACAGAUACACAGAAAAAAAACUUUACUCUUAACAUAGUACCAAUCUACUCGUACACGAUCGGAUUACCAGUCCUACCGAGCCACUGUUUUAUGAUGAAGCACACAGAACAAGACAUGGAAAUGCAGGACAAUUCUCCUAUGCUUGGGUCAUCACACAGCGAUACAAUACCAGAAUCAUCAACAAUACCCGCGCCACGCUCUCCAUUUAUGAAUGCUGUACCACGACCUCGACAGCGCCGACAGAGUAGAUUGGAUGAACAUAUGGACCAAUUAAUAAAUAUCGAAGAGCGAAAACUCGAAUCAGAAUUAAUAACUACGCAAGAAUUUUCUAAACUAUCAGAAAACAUUGGUAAUAUAGCAAUUGCUCUGACAUCUAUUGCUAAUGCAAUCUCGGAUGUUGCUAGAAAAAUGCCAAAUCCGUAA